AUGACAUGUAGAAACAUUCCAGUUGUGUAAAUUUCAGGACAAAAAUGUUGGUGCUGCUUCUAUCAUUUUUCUAAUUUUUAUGAAAUUAUGAUUCAAGUAUAUGACUUUUAUUUGCAACUGAAACAUCGCUAUUUGAUUUAUUUGAAGUGUGGAAGCUAUUAUCAAGUAUCGUUAUUGAAUAUGUAACCGGUAAUCCAUAAUUUUAUUUCACGUAAAUAUUUCAUUGUGAAUGGUACUGCUCAAAGGAAAUUCUUUUAUAUUUUAAUGAAAAGUAUAGAAACUUUUUGGACGUGAAUUGCAAGACAGGAAAGGUAUAUUUCAAUGGUCAAUGUUGGUAAACGAAGGGAAGUGUGAAUGGAGAGCAGUGGCGUGUUUGUGUGGCGGGAGUCCAAGUUUCGGGAGGUUAUGUUUGAAAUUUUUGUUGGUGCGUCUCAUUUGCGAAUUUAGUAUACCAAAACAUAAUAAAAAUUGUAGCCUUAAAAUGUCUUCCGAAGACAGUUAUGCGUCCUUUGUAAAUAACAGAAGUGGAACUGUUUCUCCUGGGAUAAAAACCCCCCUUCUGGAAAAGACUCUUCAACUGACACAAGUUGCGCACCGAGCGAAAUCAAACUUGAUGUGGGGUGCGGUAAAUGCAACGGGCCUUUCGUUUCUUAUAUAUGAUAUGUACUACACUUGUCCACAUUACACAUCGUUGGUCUAUUAUAUUGAAAUAUUUGUGGCUGUUGUGCUGGGACUGAAUACUCUCUAUCAUGCUGUAAGCUACAUAUGGAACACAGCUUGUGCUGAAUCUGUGACUGUAACUCCAGAGCAGAAAAAACUUCUAGGAGUAAAACAUUUAGAUUCAUUCAUCAAAGUUUCACAAAAACCUGCUACAGAGGACAAAGACAGUUCUCAACUGUCACAGUCAGGUCGGGGUUUGUCCUCAACUCGACUUAACUUCUCUGCUCUAAGCUGGCGUUCAUCUGGCAUGUCUCCAACGUUGAGUGAAAGAUCUAAUAUUUCUACUCCGUCAACAUCGUGGAACUUUUCACCUGGUUCACCUCCUGCCACAGAGACCAGCCCUGUUUCGCCAGACAAAGUCUCUUUUUACACUUCAUCACCAGUAGAUUUUAUUGAGAACGAACGUUCUCUGCAGCAGUAUUUAAAGGAUUAUGAAGUGAAGGAAAAGUGUGCUUCAGUUGGUGAAACAAUGGAACAACCAACAAACUUUCUGAGCUCGUAUUGGAAGACCCCUAGUAUGCGCAAGUCAGAAUUGUCACCAGUUUCAGGGCGUUAUGUAUACCAGUUGGCAACUCCUAGUCCAGUGCAGGUCUCAACCAGCCCCAGCAGUCAUCAAACUGAGGAGCCAGGAUCACCAUCAUCACUUCAGAAUAAAAAUCUGGAAGUUUGGCGCCGACUUAGUGUUGAUGUCAAAGUUCUUACCCAGUGGACUGCCAACCUUCGUAUGUGGAUAUCACAGACAGUACUUGACAGACUGGUUCGGGAGAUAUCAUCAGUGAAUGAAGCAUUUGCGCGUCAUGGUCUUGCUGACAUGCAGAUUGGUUCAGUGGGUUUGGAACGCUUAAAGAAAACUGCUCAGACAUUACCAGUUGUCCAAAACAUACCUACAUUGCCACUGAUUGUGCCAUUUCUAGAAGUUACGACUAACCAAGAAUAUCUAUUGGCUCGCAUCAAAGAACUUGCGAAAGGAGGAGCAAUGAGUGAGUUUCGGUGGAACAGUGGAGGAUCGUUCCAUGGCAAGGACUGGGAGGAACAUUUGCCCACAGAUUCAGCUGUGGUUAUGCAUUUGUUGGCAUCAUAUUUUGACUCACAGCUGCCUCCAUUGCCACACAAUCCUGAAGGAAGACCUUUUACAUCGCAGUAUUUUCUCAAAUCAACAGAGAAGUUACCAAAGGGAAAGACUUUCCCAAUUAUAAAUGAAGUCCAAACCAACCCUCCACACUAUGUCCUUAUGGUUGGAGAUGAGAAACUGGAACUAGCAAAGGGUCGCAACAACCUGUUCCAUACCAUACUGCUCUUCUUGCACCAGCUGAAGACGAGAGAACAUGGAAUGCUAGGACGAGUCAACUUGGGCCCCUCAGGAAUUAAUAUUCUUUGGGUUAUAGAUAGUUAGCAGUAUUAGAAUGACAGAAAAGAAAAAUAAUUGUCAAUGUGAUAUGACUGUCAGACCUUUAUUUGGUCAGAAUACUUGGACUGUAUUCGUUUCUGAGAAAUGUGCCUGAUAUUGCCAGUUCAUAAAAAAAAAAAAGGAAGAGGAGAAAAAGGAAGUUGCGGAGUCUGAAAUGAAACCUGUAAUUGAAUAUAUUUCUGAUAUCUGUAGGCCUUAUUUAUGCUGAUCUGUGCACUGUAAUAUGCAAUUGUAAAACAGUUACAGGAAACACUAAAACUAAAGAAAUGAGAAACUAAACCACGUUGUUUCCAAAGAGUAGAGUAUUAACAAACACUAAUACUGUACACAUUAUUACAUUGUCUAUGUAAAACAAAUUGCUCAUUUGAAAUCAAAAUAUAUUUUGAUUUUUUACAAUGUA